AUGGGGUCCGGCAUGAGCAGCGCCCGGCGGCGCGGCUUCGGCCUCGAGGCGUCCAGGGGGAUGCUGCCCCUGCUGGCGCUGCAGGUGCUCAUCGAGUACGGCCGCGCGGGCGCCUCCCGCCCGCCCGUCACGGCCGCGCUGCUCGCCGCCAACUCGCUCAUCUACCUCCGCCCCGGCGCGCUCGACGGGGUCCUGCCCUCGCUCUCGCGCGUCUCCUUCAACCCGCAGCUCAUCGUCGAGUUUGGCGACUUGACGCGCUUCUUCCUGUCCCCGUUCUAUCACCUGAGUGAAAGCCACCUCUUCUACAACAUGACAUCCCUCCUGUGGAAGGGCAUUCAGCUCGAGACAUCCAUGGGUAGUGCCGAGUUUGCUUCCAUGGUCGCUGUGCUGCUUGGCCUGUCACAGGGUAUCACGCUGCUGCUGUCCAAAGGCUUACUCUUGCUCGGUGACGAUACCGCGUACUAUGAUCAGCAUGCCGUUGGAUUCUCUGGUGUUCUGUUUGCCAUGAAGGUUGUGCUGAACACCUGGUCGGACGAUUUCGUGUAUCUGCACGGGAUGGUUGUUCCAGCGAAAUAUGCUGCCUGGGCGGAGUUGAUCCUCAUCCAGGUUUUCAUUCCUGGGACAUCCUUUCUUGGCCAUCUUGGUGGGAUACUUGCUGGACUGGUUUACCUUUGGCUGAAGCGUGCAUUCAAUGGGCCAGAUCCGAUCACUCUCCUGAUUUCAAGCGUUGCCAAUGUCGUGACCUGGCCGGUGAGGUUUGCUCAGAAUCUUCUACGGUCUGCCCGUUCACAGGGCCGCGCAACAGGUCGGGGCAGGGUUGGGCGCCGCAUAUCAGCAAGAGACAGCCCUCGAGGUUUUUGGAGAUGUCCAACAUGCACCUAUGACAAUUCAGUUUCCACAGAUAUCUGUGAGAUGUGCAGCACUGCACGAGAGGACCAUGCCUUUUUGCGGAGACAGCAUCAUCAAGCCAGGGGUAGCACGGAACUCUCAGUUGAUGAGAUGCGCCGUAGGAGGCUGCAAAGAUUCGAUAGAUGA